CAUAAGACACUGACAUGUUUUGGUUGUAAAAUUGCAACACGAAUUCUUUUAAUCGAGAUUAAACAGUUUAAAUGGAUUUCGUGAGACAAAACCAUGUUCAAGAAAGUUGCGCUAGGCAUUUCAGGAGGAGUAGACAGUGCCGUUGCGGCACUUUUACUUAAACGCGCCGGGUUCCAAGUAGAAGGUGUAUUUAUGCGAAAUUGGGACAACAAUUACGAAGCAGGAUUUUGCUCAGAUGAGCGAGAUUUUGAGGACGCAACAUAUGUGUGUCGUAAGCUCAAUAUUCCCUUGCAUAGGGUUUACUUUAUAAAAGAAUAUUGGAACGAAGUAUUUAGUGUAUUACUGAAAGAGUAUGAGACGGGGCUGACACCUAAUCCGGACAUACUAUGCAAUAGAUACAUUAAAUUUGAUAGCUUUUUCCAACAUUGCAGGAACAAUUUAGGAAUUGAUGCUAUUGCCACUGGGCACUAUGCAAAUACAACUUUUGGACCAUUUCUAGAAAAAUACAAUGAAACUGAAGGAGUCAAAUUACUCCAGCCUGCUGAUAAGCACAAGGACCAAACAUUUUUCUUGUCUCAAGUAAAGCAAAUUGCUCUAAGAAAAUGUAUGUUUCCACUAGCAAAUUUACAAAAAAGAGAAGUAAGAGAGAUUGCCAGAACUGAAGGACUCAUGAAUGUGGCUAAAAAGAAAGAUAGCACAGGAAUAUGUUUUAUAGGCAAAAAUAAGUUUCAACAUUUUAUAGAAGAGUACAUUGAAACAAAAAAAGGUUAUUUUAUUGACAUAGAGUCAGGUUUAGCUGUAGGAGAACAUGGAGGUUUACACAAAUGGACUGUUGGCCAAAGAUGUGGUGUCCCAAGUCAUAGAGAAGCAUACUUUGUUUUCAAGAAAGAUUUGAUGACUAAUAAUAUUUAUGUGGUACCUGGGACAAAGCACCCUGCUUUAUGGAACGAUAUUUGCUUCACUAACCUUCCACACUGGAUACACAGUGAACCCACAGAACUGGCUAACAAUGGUGUCUUGCAUUGUGACUUCAGAUUUCAACAUACUAAACCCCUAACUCCUUGCAGAAUAGUCAAUAACCCUCAAGGUUUAACAAUAAUACUGCAGAAUAAAUUAAGGGCGAUAACAGAAGGUCAAUUCGGGGUAUUUUAUAAGAAUGGGGAAUGCCUUGGAAGUGCGAAAAUAAGAGAUAUUUGUCAUAAUUAGAAGGUUGUUUAUAAAUAGUCAAAUUAGUUUAUAGGUACCUUUGACAUUGUUAUUGGUUUAUGUUCCUUAGCUGUUGUUUAAAUAAAGUUGUUGAUGUACAUA